AUGGCGGCGGCGGCGGCUCAGGGGGGCGGGGGCGGGGAGCCCCGGGGAGCCGAGGGGGUCGGCCCGGGGGUCGCGGGGGACGUGGAGGUGGUGAAGGGGCAGCCGUUCGAUGUGGGCCCGCGCUACUCGCAGCUGCAGUACAUCGGCGAGGGCGCGUACGGCAUGGUCAGCUCAGCUUACGACCACGUCCGCAAGACCCGCGUGGCCAUCAAGAAAAUCAGCCCCUUCGAGCACCAGACCUACUGCCAGCGCACGCUGCGGGAAAUCCAGAUCUUGCUGCGCUUCCGCCACGAGAAUGUCAUCAGCAUACGAGACAUUCUUCGGGCACCUACCCUGGAUGCCAUGAGGGACGUCUACAUUGUGCAGGACCUGAUGGAGACAGACCUGUACAAGUUGCUCAAAAGCCAGCAGCUGAGCAACGACCACGUCUGCUACUUCCUCUACCAGAUCCUGCGGGGCCUCAAGUAUAUCCACUCGGCUAACGUGCUUCACCGGGAUUUAAAGCCCUCCAACCUGCUCAUCAACACCACCUGCGACCUUAAGAUCUGCGAUUUUGGCCUGGCCCGGAUCGCCGACCCCGAGCAUGACCACACUGGCUUCCUGACAGAAUACGUGGCCACGCGCUGGUACCGGGCCCCAGAGAUCAUGCUGAACUCCAAGGGCUACACCAAGUCCAUCGAUAUCUGGUCUGUGGGCUGCAUUCUGGCUGAAAUGCUCUCCAACCGGCCCAUCUUUCCUGGCAAGCACUACCUGGACCAGCUCAACCAUAUUCUGGGCAUCCUGGGUUCCCCAUCCCAAGAGGACCUGAAUUGUAUCAUCAACAUGAAGGCCCGGAACUACCUGCAGUCUCUGCCUUCCAAGACCAAGGUGGCCUGGGCCAAGCUCUUCCCCAAGUCAGACUCCAAAGCCCUUGACCUGCUGGACCGGAUGUUGACCUUUAACCCUAAUAAACGGAUCACAGUAGAAGAAGCCCUGGCUCACCCCUACCUGGAGCAGUACUACGACCCAACAGAUGAGCCAGUGGCCGAGGAACCUUUCACCUUUGACAUGGAGCUGGAUGAUCUGCCCAAGGAGCGGCUGAAGGAGCUCAUAUUCCAGGAGACAGCCCGCUUCCAGCCUGGGGUGCUGGAGGCCACCUAACCUGAACAGAUGCCUCCGCUCCCCGGGACUGGGCCCUGCCUCCUGUCUGCCCCUCCCCUGCUGGACUGUUAGAAAAUGGACACUGUGCCCAGCCCGGACCCCGGCAGCCCAGAUCGGGGACAGGGCAGGCCUGGCCAUCUUCCCUCGCUUUGCUCGGGCCUCCGGCUUCAGGCAGGCCCAGGCCUCCUCCCUCCCCCCUCCUAGGACCUGUGGCUCAGGUGGCCCCAAAGCAGAUUCCUCUCAGCUGCUCUGCCUUCCUCUCCCCGAGCUGUCCCAGUCUCUGGUGGUUCUGGAAUCGAAGGGCCCUGGCUGCCCUGUGACCUCCUGAGGGACGGCCGGGGAUAGGGCACACUGAGUUGGGACUCGGCCCCACUCACCUCAUUCAAACCCCACCCAUUUCCCCUCAAGGAACAUUCCUAAGGCUCAAGGGCUAGUAUCCUUGAGGAGCUGGGCCCUGCCUAAGCCCCCUCCCCCUAAGCUGCCACAUCUAACUCCUGCUGCUUCUGUGUGUGGGUGAGCAGAAGUGGAGGUGGGGGCGUGGAGAGCCCGGGGCCCCUGCCCACCUGUGCCUGUAUCUAAUAUAUAAAUAUAGAGAUGUGUAUAUGAUG